AUGGAGCUCCUCUCCUGUUUCAACCUGGCCUUCCUUGGUUUGCUGAUUGCCAGUGUGGGAGCCGGAUGGUGCCCUCGAGGAUGGGAUUUGCAUCAAGGCAGCUGCUAUGGAUUUUUCAAAGAUAAAAUGACCUGGGCUGAGGCAGAGCUGGACUGCCAGAUCCAAGGCCACAACGGCCACCUCGCUUCUAUCACCAGCCGAGCAGAGGCAGCCGUGGUGGCCAGACAGAUUAAGGCCUCUCAGCAAGGCUGCGUCCAUGUCUGGAUUGGACUGUACGACCCCAGCAAGAGCAGACGCUGGAGAUGGACGGAUCAAACCCUGCCCACCUAUAAGUCUUGGAUGCCUGGUGAACCAAACAAUAACCAACAAUCUGGAGAAUACUGCACAGAGCUUUGGUGUCACUCAGAAUAUUUGAAUUGGAACGAUGAGCGGUGCAGCAGUCUGCGCCCAUACAUCUGCAGGUUUGAAGUUUAG